AUGUCCAUGAGCAGUGCGUCCACCCACAAUGGGUUCGAUCCAGCGUCUCCUUCUCCUUCUUCUUCCAGCACCGACACCACCGUCGUAGCCUCUCCCUCCUCGUCCAGGUCGAUCCCUCCUCUACCCAGCUCAGCAACAAACCAGAGACCCUCCUACCUGGAUGUCCCCUCCUUUCGGCCGUCGCUUGACAGCACCUACUCGGAGCUCUCAGAGCUCUCGUUCCGUUCCAACGAACUCCAAGCCGUCCACCCUCUCGUCCGCAGCAUAUCCCACGAUUCUCCUCCACACUCCCGCUGGCGAGCUGCUUGGGAUUCCUUCUACGUGACCAACUAUGGUGCCAUGUUGGUCCUUGCCUCGCAGGCCUUCGGGGUCGGCAUGAACAUCAGCACCCGCCUCCUCGAGACUCCAGGGACCCAUGGCGAACCCAUGCACCCGUUCCAGAUCCUCUUCGCUCGCCAGUCCAUCACGGCCCUCAUCUGCACCACAUACGGCAUCUACUUCAAGACGACGCCGUAUUUUCCCUUUGGUCCGCGUGGUGUUCGCUGGCUGCUGGUGUUACGGGGCAUUGCUGGGUUCUUCGGAGUAUUUGGAUUAUACUUUAGCCUGCUGUACCUCCCGUUGAGCGAGGCCACGGUUCUGGGUUUCCUCUCGCCGAUCCUUACCUGCUACCUCUGCAGUUUCAUCAUGCCCGGGGAAAUCUUCAGCGUGCAGCAGCAGAUUGCCGGCGUCGUCAGCCUGAUCGGCGUCCUCUUCAUUGCCCGGCCCGCCUCGCUCUUCUCGCUGGCCUCGUCGUCCACCCAGCCGGCCGACGCCCUGGUAAGUCCUCCCGUCAACUCCACCGUGACGGCCGAGACGGCCCAACACAUCACGCCCGAACAACAUCUGGCCGCCGUCGGCAUCGCCAUGAUUGGCGUUGUGGGUGGCGUCGGUGCACUGACUGCAAUCCGUGUGAUCGGCACCCGCGCCCACGCCUUCAUCAGCAUCAACUACUUCAGCGUGUGGUGUAGCGUCGUCUCGCUGGUGUGCCUCAUGGUCUUCCCUGACGUCAAGUUCCGGCUGCCCGGGAAUCUUACGGAAUGGAGUCUGCUCGCCAGCCUCGGUCUGUGCGGCUUUGUGAUGCAGUUUCUCCUGACAGCCGGCCUGGCAUACGGCGGGCCGAGUGAAGUCAAAAAUCAACAACCCGCGGCGAAGAUCAGGGAUCUCGAAGGGUCCGGUCCGGCCCAUCUGGGACACCCUGUGGGCGGUGAGCAUGCUCAUUGCUCGACGAAGCCGACCACAAAACCGUCGGGGACUCGUGCGACGGCCAUGUGCUACACGCAGAUGCUCUUCGCGCUGGCCGGUGACAAAUUGGUCUUUGGCGUCACGCCGGACACGAUGAGCUGGAUCGGCAGCGUGUUGAUUCUUGCAGGGGCAGUGUGGGUGGCUGCCGCCAGGGACUCGGCAACGAAGUCGAAGCCGAAGCCGAAUGCUGCCAGCACUCCCGGAGUGUCUGGCGGGUUGGAGGUGCCGAGGGAGGACGCACAGACGAAGGAGGCCGCUUCUCACGAAGAAGCCGUGGGCUUGAUGAGCGGCCGCCAGGACUAUGAUGAUGAUGAUAAUGAUGACGACGACGAUACCCUUGAUGACGGUGCGCGACAAAACAAACACGGCAAGGCUCUGGAGAGUCUGGAAAUGCAAGAAUUACGCCGAGAUACGAGCAGGCCCUGA